AUGCAGGGAAGAACGUUCACGUCACUGCCCCGCGUGCAUGGGGCGAGCCUCAAAGUUCCCCUCCAUGAGUACAGAAUUUCGCCCAACUGUACAGCUUGCAUGCCACUGCUCGUCAGAAGUCUUCUCUGUGCACUGCCUCGCACUUGCCUCACUACUACACGCUGGUCUACUUUGUACAGCAUUCGUGGAGCUCACCAAAUCGCCAACAUGUCUUUCGAAACGACAGGAACGAUCAAUAGCUUUGGCGGCAAGCUGCUGAAGCUUGCGCACAAGUCUAAAGUCAACAAUUGCGAAAUGAAGUUGAACCUCUACCUACCGCCCCAAGCAAGCACGUCGAAACCGGUCCCAGUCCUCUUCUACUUGGCUGGCCUGACAUGUACCGGUGACAAUGGCGCAGAAAAGGGUUUCCUGCAGCACAAGGCUUCGGAAAAGGGCAUUGCGGUUGUGUACCCAGACACGAGUCCACGUGGCCUCCAGAUCCAGGGCGAGGAUGACAGCUACGACUUCGGCAGUGGAGCAGGUUUCUACGUCGAUGCCACCAAGGAGCCAUGGGCGAAGGGAUACAACAUGUACAGCUACAUCACUCAAGAACUCCCCGAACAACUCUUUGCCAGCUGCAAGGAGCUAGACGGCAAGCGCGUGUCUAUUACAGGACACAGCAUGGGAGGCCAUGGUGCUCUGACUCUGUUCCUGAAGAACCCAGGCAAAUAUCGAUCCGUCUCGGCCUUCGCGCCAAUGACGAAUCCAUCAAACUGUCCUUGGGGCGAGAAGGCGUUUGGUGGCUACUUUGGAGACGACAAGUCUAAGUGGGCUGAGCACGAUGCUACAGAGCUCUUGCCCAAGUACCCCCACGACACCGACAUCCUCAUUGACGUUGGCACUAGCGACAACUUCUACAAGCAAGGACAGUUGCUUCCAGAGAAACUUGAAGAGGCUGCGAAGAAGGCGGGUAAGAAGGUCAAUGUGCGCUACCAGGACGGCUACGACCACAGCUACUUCUUCAUCAGCACUUUCUCGGCCGACCACGUUGAGCACGCGGCGAAGUACCUGCUUGCGUAA